AUGGAAUGUGGUCGACCUCUUCGCCAGGACCGCAUUGUGGGCGGCUCUGAUGCACCUGUUGCAAAGUGGCCUUGGCACGUAAGUGUCAACAGCUUUGGGCAUCAAAUAUGUGGUGGCUCCCUCAUCUCCGAGUCCUGGGUUGUCUCUGCAGCUCAUUGUUUCGUAUUACCAGAAAAUUUCUCUCUCAUUCCACCAGAGGAAUAUACUGUUGCUGUGGGUGUGCACUCUCAACUGUCUUUAAUGCUAAACCCAGAGGCAUCAGAUGGCAUGCAUCAGAUAGUGAAUGUGUCAGAUAUUCUGCUUCAUGAAAAUUACUCCGGAGUUGAACAUGGAAAUGACAUUGCUUUAUUGCAUCUUGCUGAGCCUGUCAACUUCACAGAGUACGUGCGGCCCAUUUGUUUGCCCCGAGCCAAUCACAGUUUCCCUCAUGGAGCUUCCUGCUGGGCCACAGGUUGGGGAGAUGUCCAAGAGUCAGUACCACAAUCGUUCCUGUCAGGCUUGAUACUCCAGCAACUGGAACAAAAGAUCAUUGGACCCAAAGAAUGUCAAUGUCUCUUCAACUCCAAUGGUCCCUUUAAUGUUACUGUGAAAUUGUUACCUACUAUGCUCUGUGCUGGCUACAAGGAAGGGAAAAGCGAUACCUGCCAGGGGGACUCUGGAGGCCCACUUGUCUGUGAGGAACAAGGCCAGUGGUUCCUGGCUGGAAUCACCAGCUUUGGCCAUGGCUGUGCAAGGAGGAACCGGCCAGGGGUCUUUGCAAAUGUGGCAGCCUUUGAAGACUGGAUCAGAGAUCGAGUGGAAGGCGCAGUUUUCCCUGAGCAACCUCAACCUAUCCCAGCACCUUUGGUAGAAGACUCUGACAAUUGUACUAUUGCCUUGCCAGAAUGUGGCAUUGCUCCCAGACCUGGUGACUGGCCCUGGAAAGCUGUAAUAAUUACUCCAGCAUCUACACCCUGCCAUGGGGUGUUGGUAGCAGAGAAAUGGGUUCUCGCACCAGGCAGCUGCUUUCUGGGCCUAAAAGACAUCAGUAGUUGGCACGUGAUGCUUCCACCCAAGGCACAAAGGAUACCUAUCCUCAGUGUACAGUUAAAUGUCAACUUCACGCAGGAUUAUGAGUAUGACCUGGCCCUCUUGGAGCUAGCAGUACCAGUGUCUUUUACUGAGGAUACAAGGGCCGUGUGUUUACCCCGUCUGCAUCACUACUUUUUGCCCAGUAGCCAGUGCCGUCUGAUCCAAUGGGGCCGGGGAGAGCCACCCCUGGCUUCCCCGUCCCUGUUGGAAGCUGAAAUGACAUCUAACUGGUGGUGUUAUUGCGUCCGUGGCUCGAAGGUGGAAGUGGUACCCGACCCCUUGGAGAAUCCUAGCAUCCUGUGUGCUGAGUACCAUGAAGAGGAGAAAAAUGGCUGUUGGAUGGGAAGCCGCUGGGGCCUCCUGUGCGAAGAAUCGGGAUCCUGGUUUCUGGCAGGUAUUUCAAAGCCUCCAGAAGAUUGUCUUCGGCCUCGGGUCUUCUCCCCUCUACAACUUGGAAGCUAUUGGAUCAAAAGUACAGCCCAUACCUCCUACUUGGAGGAUCAGCUCAACUGGCACUUUAAGGUUGUGAGGACUUUUGUAUUCUGUCCCUCCAAAACCACGCUGGGAGCUUGUGGCAUUCAGUCAUACAAAGAUAGUAACCCAUGGCCCUGGGUGGCAGAGGUGCACAGUGCCAGAGAUGAAGCUUGCAUGGCCACUCUAGUGAGCCCUGGUUGGGUCCUAACAGACACUCAUUGUGUGGCCAGGCAUGGCUCCAUAGCGUCCCGUCUACAGGUUAAACUGGGUAGAACACGUUUUGGUACUCCAGGCCAGGUAUCAAGGCCAGUCAGCAGCAUUCAUUACACCAUGGGAUCACCCCUAGUCCUGCUGGAGCUAGAGACCAGGGUAGAUAUGUCAGCUUCUGCUCUGCCAAUCUGUCUCAAUUCUGGGCCAAUUUCAGAAGAUGUGCCCUGUUGGGUGCUAAGCUGGAAAGAUUCUGUAAAUCGAGUCCCCAUGGUGGUACAGGUCUCCAUUUUGACCCCAGAAGAAUGCCCCUACCUCAACGACCCCACCCUACCUCUGGGAACCUUCUGUGUGGCAUAUGGCGGCAAAAGACUAGACAAAUAUGAGGUUGACUCAGGCUCAUCUCUCAUGUGUCAACGAGGACCUGACUCCUGGAUGCUGAUCGGAAUUUCAAUAAGAGGAAGCCAAGAACUAUUUGCUCCAGUGAAGACCCAACACUUUUGGAUCUCGCAGACUGUGUGCGAUGCACCCUUUGUGUAAUUCAGCCAGUGACUCCAGACCUUGGAACAGAUCUACAAUCAGAGCCUGAACUGUUCUACUGCAACAGGGGGAGAGGAUGAAAUAUCCCUCUUUCUCUAUUUAAAUCAAGUCUCAAAUGGCUGCCUCUGGAAUGCUCCCAAACCAGUUCCAUGCUGGGAACCUGGAAAGCUUCAAGAAGGGUGACGAUGAUGAUGACAAACUGGUGUCUAAUUGGACUUGCAUUCCGAGUGGUGAUAAUUUCAGCCAAAGAAUCCUGGGGGUGGAAUGAAUAUGUUCAAUAAACACAGUGCUAACAUGA